CGCCUGCCAGGAAAGUAACGUAAAAGAGGUUGCGUAGAAGGAAGCAUUCGGGCGUGGUUUUUCAACUAGUUACACUUCUCUUGACAGGAGGUUCAGAAGGACUCCUCAAUGGAACGACGACAUAACUUUCAAUAACAAAUUUGAUCCGCCAAGGAGAGGUGAAAAUAUGUGGCAUUAUGCUGCGAACGAUCGUACGAUUAGUAGAAUACGAAAGGUUGGAUAGGAAACAUUGUUCCAUUCAUUGAAGAAGUUGUUAACGAGCGAUCGAGGCCAUUUAAAAUUAAAUGGCACGUCGAAGAGCGGUGAUAUCACGAUUUAAACGUCACGACGCGAAGGCAUUCACAUCAUCAUUUACGUUAGGCUAUAUUACUUACACAUACAUUGAUUAUGGAUGGGCCUCUUUAGCAAUAAAAAUGUUAUGAUUAAAGUAAAAUUCUUAAAAGUAUGAAAUGAGAAAUUAAAAAAAAAAAAAAAAUAAAGCAAAGAACAGUGCCAUGCAGCCACGCCUAGAUGGGAAACUGGCCUUAUUAUAUACACUAUUAGUUCUUCAAGUAUUGAUUGUUAUGAUUUAUGUGGCUACAACUCCACCUUCUGAAUUAACUGUAUCUACAACUCAUACCUCUGUUACAUUUGUAAAAUUUGAAAAACCGAAGGAACCAAAAAUUCGACAAACAAUUCGUAAAAAGUUUCCCAUCUACCAGACAAUCAAUGAGGAGGUAGUACUGAAUGAGAUUAAGACUUUCACUCUGUUCGAAGUAUACAAUCAUACUGUUUGUUGGAAACGUGGAGUGGACGAUCAAAAAAUGAAAAGUAGCGAAGACCUUCAAAAAUGUAUUUGUAUUCAUGGGUGGCAUGGCUCAGACUGUGGUCAACCAGAAGUUGUUUGGAGAGCAAUCAUGGCAUCGAAGCAAAACAUUAAUCUGAAGUAUCGUAAAAUAGCUAGACGUAUUAUUCAUACAUUUUUUCUACACGAACAUAACUCGGCAAUUGCAGAGGUGAUAGUAGAAGAACUAUACAAUGUAGUAGAUUUUUUUGUAAUCUGUGAUUUCAGUAAUGCAGAAGAUAAUUUUCAUCAUAAACUACUUAAAGGUUUAUUACAACAGAAACAGAAGAAAAUUUUAUAUAUUAAUAUAGCGACAAAAAUGCACAAACCAUCAAGAAUAGUAUCUAAAUACAUCUGGGAUAAGCUGAAGACUGUAGUACGAAAUUUAAGGGACGACGACAUUUAUAUAACGACUGAACCAGAACAAAUAUUAAACUCCAGGGCAUUAAUGUUCCUCAAAGUAUAUAAUGGAUGGCCACAACCUAUUGGGUUUAGAUUAAGAUGGUCUGUUUAUGGGUUCUUCUGGCAACAUCCACUUAAGACAACGAUAACAGUUGGUGCAUGUACAGUUGGAUUAAUGCGCGAAGCUUAUCAAUCAAAUUCUAUCAUGUUAGAACAACUGGAAGGAGAUUUAAGUGAAAGAGAUAGCCUAGGCCUAGUAAUAGGAGAUUUAAAUCAUUAUGGAGGGUGGUAUUGUUACCUAUGUCAAGCACCCGCGAAUAUUAUAACUAGUUUACAUGAUAAAGUUAAAUCCAAAGAAAUUCAAAUAGAAAAAACUAUCGACGUACCGUUUAUCGAGGACCUAAUAGGAAGUGGAUUGUGGUUAGAUGGAAAAACUAAUCUCUUAAGAGUCUCUAAAUCUCGGGACCUCUAUUUUGCGCCUGAAACAAUACUUAAUAAUACAUGGAAAUACGACUGGCUAGUAGAGAAUUUCUAUGCUAAAUUAGACUAUUAUUGACAUAUUCGUCACACCUGACUGUGAUAUUAACUCAUACUCAAUACUCAAUGUAAACUAUAUAAUAUUGUACUGAAUUUAUAUACCAAAAUAAUAUGUUGAAUGAAUUGUGAAUGUUAAAUGAUUUAUAUACAUAUAAAGAAAACAGUUAUAAUUA